AUGAUGUACUCCAGCAUUGUUCUUGCGGCUCUCGCCCACAGCUCGGCUGUCUUGGCUGCUACUAUGCAGGUCUCGGUCGGCACGAACAACCAGUUCGUGUUCACUCCCGACACUAUGGUUGCCCAGCCUGGAGACAUGAUCGCCUUCAACUUCGUCAGCCAGAACCACUCCGUUGCCUCAUCAAAUGCGAACUCCCCUUGUACACCUGAGAAGAACGCCAUCUUCAGUGACUUCCAGCCCGUCGCUGCACCAGCUGGCGCCAACGCCAACGCUGCCGCCGCCGCCGGUGGCAACGGAAAGGCCAAAGGCAAGAAAACCAAGGGCAAGAACAACAAACGCCAGGCCGCCAACACCCCCAUGUUCAUGGUCCCGGUCACCGACAACCAGCCCAUGUACAUCUACUGCUCCCAGGCACAGCACUGCCAGCAAGGCAUGGUCAUGGUCGUCAACCCCCCUGCUGCGGGUAUGGGUGUCGCCCAGUACCGACAGCUCGCUGCUCAAGCAAAUCAGAACAAGAGCCCAAAGGGUGGAAUCUCCGGCGGACAGAUCGUGAACAAUGCUGCAGGCACAAACCCGCCUAAUGGUGUCCUCGGCGCCGCAGCAGCCACAGCGCAAACCAACGGAGGAAACGGCAAGGGCAAAGGCAAGGGCAAAGCAGCAGCAGCCAAGGGCAAGGGAAAGGGCAACUAA